AUGACUUCCCGAGCAUCAUCACAAAUCGCUCUCGCUUCGACUGCAGUGGCCGUAACUGGGUUUUUAGGCUAUUGCGUUUAUUUUGAUUAUAUGCGGAGACACAAUCCUCAAUUCCGAGCAAGGCUUCGAAGACAACAUCGUCAAGUCACUGAAAACCUCCAAGCGGAAAUCGCUAAAAGAAAAGCUGAAAACCUCCGUCAGCUUCGGGCGGUAAUGGCACAGAUCGCUACUGAGCCUAGACCUUUGUCAGCAGAACAACAAGAGGCGUAUUUCCAAGAGAAUGUUGCGGAGGGUGAAAGAUUGUCUCUUCUAGGUCCUGAACAUCACAUUGACGCGGCUACUCAUUUCUACAAAGCCAUGAGGACGUACCCCAACCCAAUGGAGUUGCUUAUGCUAUACCAAAGAGUAGUCCCCCCUCCCAUCUUCGACCUCCUUGUCCAACUUUCUACCCUCAGUUCAGGUCCCACGGGUCCAACCCUCACUGCCGUUCCCCCUCGACCUGAGGCUAGUGUCGCGGACGUGGAUGAUUCUUCCCCUGACAGUGGGAGCGGGGGUGAGGCCAACUCGCUCAACUCGCCUAAUGGAGCCAGCAGCGGGAUGGGGAGCGGAGGGGAGUGGGAGAAGGUGAGCGAUGGUGUUCCCGCCGUUUGAUAGAUCGCGAGGGGAGUAUUACAUGCUGCGAGGUGAGCGAGAAGAAGGGACGUACAUAUCUGGAUUUCCGGUGGUUGAUGGAGCUUGGAAGCGGAAGGGAUGAAAACUUUGGACAUGCAUAUAAAGGACACCUCUCAUGUGUAAUCAGUAUGCAGCGAUAGUCGAUUUCAGGUUGUUAUGUCUGUCACGUGUCUCU